AUGUCAGAAAGACUUGAAAAAUUAGGAUAUUCUUUUAAUGAUUCUGGAAUACUUAUUGAUAAAAAUAAAAAAAAAUUUGUCUUUACUACACAAAAAGAAUAUGAAAUUUUGGGGGAAGCUAUAACUGAGUACGUCUAUGAAAUACUUGAAAAUACAUUUAAUUUUAAUAAGUUGUACUUUGAUGAUAGUAAUAUUGAGGAAAGUUCAUUUAUUUAUGCUUCUAAAAAUUAUAAAAAUUGCAGUGAAAUAGUUAUUUUUAUCAAUGGAAGUGGAGUUGUUCGUGCUGGUCAAUGGGCUCGAAGUAUUAUCAUUAAUGAAAAUAUAAAUUUAGGAACUCAAUUUGAGUAUUAUAAAAAAUUAUUAGUAAAUGAUAGGGGUAUUUUAGUUUUUAAUACUAAUGAUAAUACCUCAAAAAAUGGAAAUAUAAAAAUGAAUAGUGGAAAUGCUAUUGAACAUGCUUUGUUUGCUUAUGAAAAAUUUAUCAUUCCAUACAAUUUUUCUAAAAUAGUCAUUGUUGCACAUAGUUAUGGAGGAACAGUUACUCAAAAGUUGUUAGAAACAUUUAGUGAAUUCAAUAAAAAUAUUAAAUGCAUUGUGUUAACGGACGCUACAUUUAAUAGUAAAGAACUAUUAAAAAAGAAACUUCAAUAUGUUCCUCCAAUAAUAAAUUAUAUUAUUUCAAAUAAAAAGAUUGGAGAGAUAAUAAAAAAGGAUGAUUAUGUAGUAUAUGCCUCAGCUGGAACUGAUAAACAUGAAAGAUCUUCUGGUGUAUGUAUUGAGGCUGCUAUUCAUUAUAUAAAUUCUUAUUUAAACAAUAAUAUUAAAUAA